GAGUUGGAUGCGGAGGUCUUCGACGAUGGCUCAGCCAUCGUCCUGGACGAGACUUUCACCCACCCGGAGCAACAAGAUCUCCCCGUGCCCCAUGCGUUCGAAGUGCAUGACGCGGACCAAGCGCCGAUCCGAGACCACCCCGCGGAGUAUAUGGAGGUCGAAGGAGACUUCUCCCCCCAUGGCGCUCAACUCCAGCACGACUACAACCUGCUUAUGGAAAAGGUAGUGGACUCCCCUUUCCGCUCCCGGUAGUAGACGGCGUGGUCCGGACGUGGGACUAAUGUUUGUUUCCCGGCAGUUGGCGCAGGAAAAUGCACGCUAUAAAGAAUUGGUUGAUGAACUGACCGCCGCCAAAACCACGGCCGCCACCAAAAAUGGUGAAAUCGCCAUCAUCCGCUCCAACCAGGCCAAGUUGAGUGACAAUUACGAGCGGCAACUGGUAGCCCUACGGAAGCAGCUGGCCGAGGAGAUCGGUCGCCAUCGCGGCGAGGUCGAGGCGGCGCGGGUUGAAGGCAAGAUGCUCGCUACGGAGAAUGCCUUCUUGAAGCAGGACCUGGCCGAGGAGUCCAUGCGCAUCCACGCCCGCAAGCCCAAGGGCCGCCCCGAGGAGACCCCCGCCCCCGAGACGCCCAAGAAGACCAGGGUCCUCCCCUUUCGCGACGGGUUCGACGACGAGGAGAUCUUGGCCGUCUCACCUACCAAACCCACCCCGUUCAAACAUUACACCACCACGGCCCGCGGGAAACGGAGACGGCAGCUGAGCCCGGACCGUCAGGCCGGCCUGCCCUUGGACGCCCCCGUCGCGCCCCAGACCGCCGAGCCUCUCGCGCCGGACGAUCCCGAUCCUGAUCCGUCGGACGAGGAAGAGAUGGAGAUGGAGAUGGAGAUGGAGAUGGGGGACGCGGUGGCGGACGGACCGGCCCGGGCCGUGGACGACGACGCCCACGCACGGGUAGUGAAACGCCUCCUCAACCAUCGAACGUACCCGAACGAACAAAGCGACCUCGAGGUGCUGGGUCGGCUAGCCUUCCCGUCGGCGCCCCAGCGAACCCUGUCCACCCGGCUGCUGGAGGAGACGGCCACCCGCAAUCGGGGCAGCUACCUGAUGGACUACGCUGAGGCGGUGAUCGCGCUGUGGGCGCAGGCGUUGGCAGAGAAGUACUUCGCCCCGGUGCCCAUCUUCCUCGCCGUCACGCGGGAGGUGCUCGCGCUGGACGCCCGGACACCCGGUUCGGGGCUAAUCGAGCUCCUAGUGCCCGUGCUACAAGACUCGGGCGACGUCAACGGAGUGCCGCGGUUCCGGCACUCGCCGCAGUCGCGGCAGAGCUCGGGGCAAAUCCGACGCACGCCCGCGUCGCAGCUCGAGCCGCGGGUCGACGCGACGGCAGCGCUGGCGCUUCUCCACCAGAUCGCCUGCUCGCGCCUCCACGUCGCGGCGGACCUCGAACGGUUCUGGCGGUGCAUGCGCUACGACUUUGUGCUCAUGAUGCUGAACUGCGCGCAGCCGCUCCACGACCUGAUCCUGACGCUAAGCUUACUGGCGACCAGCGUGCGCGCCGACGCGUUCGGGUCCCUACUCGACACCGAGGCGGACCAGCGCGCCAACGAGAACUACGUGAUCGACCGGGUGGCCAACCUGCUGAGCGAGACGCCGCAGCCGGACGAGGGCGCCGCGCCCUACCCGGCGGCGGCGGUAUGCCAGCUGCGGCUAGAGGCGCUAUCGCUGCUUCAAGCGAUCGCCUUCAACGCGACGGCACCGAGCAGCCGGCACGGCAGCGGAGCGAUCGCGGCGCACCCGACGGUGUUGGCGCGGGCCAUCCGGGCGAUGCACGACGAGCUGGACGCGCUCUACCGGUUUCCGCCGGAGCGGGCGCUGCACGCGAUCCUAGUCAACGGGCUGAUGCGGCUGGUGUACGGGGUGCUGCGGCGACACCCAGACCAGGUGGACCUGCCGUCCAAGCUCGGGCGUCUGGCGGGGGGGAAGCAGAAGUUUUUGGUCGCGUUGACGCGACUGGCUUUUAGUGAAGGGUUGGUGCUGGAAGAGGGAAUCGACGACGAGACGGUGGAGAUGGCGCAUGCGAUCUUGGACGACGCGGUCAAUCCGCAGGAAGCGGAGGCGUUGCAGGAGGCAUUUUCCAGUUCGCGACGGGAGGAAUAGGUCGGCGGGGUGGAGUGCACAUGGCUUAUAGUAUGACACAUACGACGAUACGAGUAACGACUAUAGUAAUACAUGAAAGCAAUCGAGGUUAUUUAUACACAUAAAAAUAUAAACAA